AUGGAGACGCGGCGAGACUGCCGCGACACGAGCCCCUCAGAGCGGAAGUCGCCGGCGGGGCUGCGGGGGUCCCCGCCGGUGCUGACCCUCAGCCACUUCUGCCCCAAGCCGUUCCUGUGCUUCGGGGACGUGCGCGUGGGCGCCUCGAGGACGCUGCCGCUGGCCCUGCUCAACCCCAACGCCGAGGCGGCCGCCGUGACGCUGCCGCGCUGUCCCGCCGCCGCCCAGGGCUUCCAGGUCUGGCCUUGCGCCUUCGAGCUGCAGCCUAAGGAAAAAAUUGUCAUUUCUGUUACCUGGACACCAUUAAAAGAAGGCCGAGUGAGAGAGAUUGUGACAUUUCUUGUAAAUGGCAUUCUGAAACAUGAAGUUAUAUUACUAGGGAAUGCAGAAGAGCCAAAAAAGAAAAAGAGAAGUCUUUGGGAUACCAUUAAUAAGAAGAAAGUUUUGGCCCCUUCAAAUCGUAAGAAGAGGAUUUCAAAUAUUCAAAAUGUUAAUAAAACAUUCAGUGUUUCCCAAAAAGUUGACCGAGUUAGGAGCCCUCUACAGGCUUGUGAAAAUUUGGCUAGGAAUGAAGGCUGUUCUCCAACAGAAAACAAUUCGAUCAUCCUUGAAGAGAAUAAAAUACCCAUUUCACCGAUCAGUCCCACUUACAAAGAAUGCCGUGGGGAGACUUGCUUGCCCCUUUGUGUCCGUCGGUCCACUACCUACACAUCUCUUCAUGCACCUGAAAGUGGGGAACUAUGGAAAUUAGAAGAUGCCAACAUUUCCAAAGAUUUUAAUGAGAAAAUCCUAACGGAAACUUCCUUUAACUCCAUAAAUAAUAAUGGCCAAAUUGAAGAGGAUAGUAAACUUAUUCUCAUUCCUAACUCUUCUUCAACUUUGAACAUCACACAAAGCCAAGGAAAUUUCUUAAGUCCAGAUUCCUUUCUAAAGAAUAGCCAUGCAGCUAACAGUGACCUAAAAUUAGUGACAUGUAUUUCAUCGGGUACCUUUCUGAAGGAUAAUGCAGGGCCCGUGCAUUUGGAAUCAAAAGCUGUACGUGAAGUUUAUAGGACAAUUUUAAGCCCAGAUUCUUUCAUAAAGGAUAAUUAUGGACUAAAUCAAGAGGGAGAAUCAGAAUCAGUGAAUCCAAUUCUAUCCCCAAAUCAAUUUCUAAAAGAUAAUAUAACAUAUAUAUCUGUAUCUCAGCAAACAUGUAAAUUAUCGCCGUUGCUCAGGGAGAAUUCUCAGGCCUCAGCGUUCCCUCCAGUGCAGAGAAGAAAUGAAGCUUCACUGUGUGUUCCUGAACGCCAGGGUCCAAACUCUCCCAAAGCCGUUUUUGAAGAACCUAAAUCUUUAGAAACGAAACCAAAUUAUUACUGCUUUACAAAACAAACUCAGCCUCAAUCUUCUGCAGUUCAGGGUAUCUCUGGUUACAGCCGCACCGCACAGCCUAAGAGACGCCCCAUACUUUCUGCAACUGUCACUAAAUUGAAGCCCACGGGCAGCAGAGGAAACAAAACUGAGACUGACCAACCGAGGGCAAGAAGAUGUCUCCGCAGUGAAUGUGAAAAAAUAACUGAUAAUGUGGAAGCGAAAGAUGCUUUUCAUCCUUAUCUUCCAGUCAUAGGUCCAGUAGUCAGUCAGUCUAAGAGUUGUAAAAAGGUAACGAGUCUUUCCUCCGAGGCAGCUUCUGGGGCUCGUAAAAGAAGGAGUGAGGGAAACAAGGAGGAUGCAAAUGUGAUGAUUACAGUUACAGAACAUACAGAAGUACCGGACAUCAAAAGGAUCCAUUUUUCUCCUGUGGAGUCUAGAACGUUGACCGCUAAAAAAGCAAGAAAGGUGAUAACGCCCGUCCUAAAACACAGCAGCGGCAGAGAGAAACUAAACCUGAAGAAGAAAACUGACCCCUUAGCGUACAAAACUCCUAGUUCUAAGACAGGCAAGAGGACGAAGCGCAUCGUUGCCGUGGCACAGUCUAACCUGACCUUCAUAAAGCCGCUGAAAACAGACAUCCCUAGACACCCAAUGCCGUUUGCCGCGAAAAACAUGUUUUACGAUGAGCGCUGGAAGGAGAAGCAGCAACAAGGGUUCACGUGGUGGCUGAACUUCCUGUUAACCCCCGACGACCUCACUGUGAAGACAAGCGUCUCUGAAGUGAACGCCGCUGCGCUGCUCCUGGGGGCGGAGAGUCAGCACAAGCAGAGUGUCCCCAGAGCCCCCACCAAGGACGAGAUGUCUCUCCGAGCUUACACGGCCCGGUGCCGCUUGAACAGGUUGCGUCGUGCUGCGUGCCGCCUGUUCACUUCCGAAAAGAUGGUGAAAGCUAUCAAAAGGCUGGAGAUGGAAAUCGAAGCCCGGCGGCUGGUUGUUCGCACAGACAGACACCUCUGGAAAGACGUGGGAGAGCGGCAGAAGGUUCUGGAUUGGCUGCUGUCUUACAACCCUUUGUGGCUUCGAAUCGGUCUCGAGACAGUUUUUGGAGAACUCCUGGCUCUGGAAGACAACAGCGACGUCGUGGGGAUGGCCAUGUUCAUUCUGAACCGCCUGCUGUGGAAUCCUGACAUAGCCGCUGAGUACAGACACCCCUCUGUCCCUCACCUGUACCGAGACGGUCAUGAAGAAGCUUUGUCUAAGUUUACAUUGAAAAAGUUAUUGUUGUUGGUUUGUUUCCUUGAUUAUGCCAAAAUCUCCAGACUUAUUGAUCAUGAUCCUUGUCUCUUCUGCAAAGAUGCUGAAUUCAAGGCUAGUAAAGGCCUUCUCCUGGCCUUUUCCCGAGACUUCCUGAGCGGUGAAGGCGACCUUUCCCGCCACCUGAGCCUGUUGGGGUUGCCGGUCACCCAUGUUCAGACGCCAUUUGAUGAAUUUGAUUUUGCUGUCACUAAUCUUGCCGUAGAUUUGCAGUGCGGGGUGCGUCUUGUGCGAGUCGUGGAGCUGCUCACGCGGAACUGGGGCCUCUCGGAGAGACUCCGAGUUCCCGCCAUAAGUCGUCUUCAGAAGAUGCACAACGUGGACCUCGCCCUUCAGGCCCUCAGGGCCCGAGGAAUUCAGCUGCAGGACGACCACGGGAACGCGAUCCUGUCCAAGGACAUUGUGGACAGGCACAGGGAGAAAACUCUGGCAUUGCUUUGGAAAAUAGCAUUGGCUUUCCAGGUGGACAUUUCUCUUAACUUAGAUCAGUUGAAAGAAGAAAUCGACUUCUUAAGACGCACGUGGCACCUGAAGAACACGGCGUCCACGGGCUCCUGCUGCCGCCCCGCUGCCGGCAGCGCGCAGGCCGGCCCCAGGCCGCGGGCACCCGCCGCCCAGCACGGCGAGAGCGUCGCGCUGCUGAUGGAGUGGGUGAGCGCCGUCUGCGCCUUCUACAGCAAGAGGGUGGAGAAUUUUACGGUGUCCUUCUCAGACGGCCGCGUGCUGUGCUACCUGAUUCACCACUAUCAUCCUUGCUAUGUGCCUUUUGAGGCCAUCUCUCAGCGGACCACCCAGACCGUGGAGUGCACGCAGACAGGCUCGGUGGUCUUGAACUCGUCAUCCGAGUCUGAGGAGAGCUGCCUGGAUGUGUCUCUCAAAGCGCUCGAGCACGACACUUCCGAACUGCACAGAGAGCUCCUAGAGAACGAGAGGAAGAACUUCCAGCUGGUGAGGGCAGCAGUUCGAGACCUCGGUGGCAUCCCCGCUAUGAUUCACCAUUCCGACAUGUCCAACACGAUUCCAGACGAAAAGGUGGUCAUCACCUUCCUGUCGUUUCUCUGCGCGAGGCUCUUGGAUCUCCGCAAAGAAGCCAGAGCGGCUCGGCUUAUCCAGAUGGCGUGGAGAAAGUAUAAACUGCAGUCAGACCUGAGGCGCCAUCAGGAAAGAGACAAAGCUGCAAGAAUAAUCCAAUCAGCUAUAAUCAAUUUUCUAGCUAAACAACGACUGAAAAAGGAAGCCAACGCAGCACUGGUCAUUCAAAAACACUGGCGAAGAUUCUUACAACAGAGAAAAUUAUUGAUGUUAAAAAGGGAAAAGCUAGAAAAAAUUCGAAAUAAAUCAGCACUUGUUAUUCAGAAAUAUUGGAGAAGGUAUUCCACUAGAAAAAAAUUUCUGAAAUUGAAAAAUUAUUCAAUCAUCCUGCAGUCUAGGAUAAGAAUGAAAAUUGCCGUUGCUUCUUAUAAGCGCUACGUUUGGGCUGCCAUUACAAUACAGAGGCAUUGGCGUGCUUGGGUAAGAAGAAAACGGGAUCAGCAGAGAUAUAAGAUGCUCAGAUCUUCGUGCCUUAUAAUCCAGUCUACAUUCAGAAGAUGGAAGCACCGUAAGAGGCAAUUAGAAAUGAAAGCGGCAAUAACAUUGCAGAGGGCCUUUAGAGGAUGGCGUGCCAGAAAACGAGCCAGAGAAGAAAAAUCUGCAACUGUCAUACAGUCCUGGUAUAGAAGGCAUAGAGAACUGCGGAGGUACUUUCAUACUAGAUCUUGUGUUGUUACCAUUCAGACAAGAUUUCGGUGCUUUCAAGCCCAGAAAUUGUAUCAAAGGAAAAGGGAGGCCAUUGUGACCAUCCAGAGGCACUGGCGCGCACACGUGGAGGGAAAGGUGGCGCGUGCUCACUACCUGCAGAAACGGGCCGCGGCCGUGCGCAUCCAGGCUGCGUUCAGGGCGGCGCGGGCCCGGAAGCUGCACAGACAGAGUGCGGCUGCCUGUGUGCUCCAGUCGUACUGGAGGACGAGCCGGGAGCGGCUGCGGUUCCUAGCCCUUAGGAAGAUGAUCAUCACGUUGCAGGCACACAUAAGAAGGCAUCAGCAGUUACGGAAGUACAAGAAGAUGCAGAAAGCUGCCCUCGUCAUUCAGACUCAUUUCCGAGCACACGUGGCAGCCAGGACAGCUCUGGCGUCCUACCAGAGGACGCGCGCCGCUGUGAUUGUCCUGCAGGCUGCAUGGAGGGCGAGGCGAGCCAGGAAGACCGUGCAUCACGCCCUCACCUGUGUCAUAAGGAUCCAGACGUGUUAUCGAGCUUCUGUCUGCAGAAGGAAUUUCCUGAGCCUAAAGCGUGCCACAGUGAAGUUACAAUCAAUUGUCCGGAUGCAACAAGCUCGUAGACAGCACCUGCGGUUGAGGGCGGCCGCACUGUUCGUCCAGCAGAGGUACCGGUUCCUAAGGUGGGCCGCACACCGGCAAGAGGAGCAGAGGCGGGUGCUGGAGGGCUGUGUCAGGCUGCAGGCCUGGGCUCGCGGGCACAUGGUCCGGCGCCAGGUGCGGCUGCAGAGGAUGGCGGCCACUGCGUUGCAGGCCCACUUCAGGAUGAGGAUGGCGCGGCGGCGCUACCUGAGUGCGCGCCGAGCGGCGAUUGUCAUUCAGCGGUGCUACCGUGCGCACCGAGCCCUGCGCCAGCGGCAGGAGGCGCUGCGAGUGCAGAGGGCCGCCACCUGCCUGCAGGCGGCCUUCCGAGGCCACCGGGACCGGAGGAACUACCGGCGCGUGCUACAGUCUGCCGUCCACAUUCAGAGGUGGUUCAGGGCGAGCCGCGCCAUGCGCGGUCUCCGGACUCAGUUUCUAAAGACACAGGCGGCAGCGCUUGCUCUCCAGGCUGCGUACCGCGGCUGGCAAGUCCGGGAGCAGAUCAGGAGGGAGCGCCGGGCGGCUGUGGCGAUUCAGGCAGCCUUCAGAAGGGCCUGGGCCCAGCGGCAGUUUCGACGGCUGAAAGCUGCCGCACUGGCCGUCCAGCGACAUCGCAGAGCGCAGGCCGCCGGCCGGGCGCAGCGCAGGGACUACUUGCGGCUGCGGCACGCGGCGCUGACCCUUCAGGCCGUGUGGAGACGCCGAGCAGCGCGUCGGCAGACCCAGAGGCGGCAGGAGUGCGCUGUCCUCAUCCAGGCCUGGUACCGGAUGCAUGCGCAGCGCAGGAGGUGGGUCGCCAUGAGGAAGGCAGCUCGCCUGAUUCAGGCGUGGUACCGGGCCCACAGCCAGGGAAGGAGGCAGCAGUUUUCGUACUUGAAGACCAAGGCGGCCGUCCUGGUGUUGCAGUCUGCUUACCGCAGGAUGCGAGAGAGAAGGAAGAGCACAGAGGAGCGCGGCAAGGCCGUGGCCACCAUACAGGCUGCAUACAGAGCUUACAGGGCCAGAAAGCGCCAGGCCGCCCGCAGGGCAUCAGCUGUCGCCAUUCAGAGGUGGUACCGAAACGUCAAAACUGCAAACCGCCAACGCGAGGAGUAUCUUCAUUUAAAGACAGCAGCAACCACAAUCCAAGCCGUUUAUAGAGGUAUGAGAAUCAGAAGACGUAUUCUCCGUAUGCACACGGCAGCCACUUUUAUUAAAGCCACGUUUAAAAUGCAUCUGUUGAAAAUGAGAUACCAUAAAAUGAGAAGAGCGGCUGUCGUCAUCCAAGUCCGGUACAGGGCCUACUGUCGCGGGAAAGCUCAGCGUGCACAGUACUUGGCCGUUCUGAACGCUGUUGUUACCGUCCAGGCACGUUUUCGAGGAGCGAGAGUUAGGCGGACUCUUGGCACGAUGCGCUCCGCCGCCGUGGUCAUCCAGUCGAGCUACAGAAGGCACAGGGAGCAGGCGUGCUUCCGGAGGCUGCAGGCGGCGGCGAGAACAGUGCAGCGCAAGUACCGGGCCCUGAAGGCCGGGAACGAGCAAUUUCAACAGUACGGCCGGCUGAGGCACGCUGUGCUCCGCAUUCAGGCCGCCUUCCGGGGGAUGAAAGCCAGGAGACGUGUGAAGGCGAUGCACCUGGCCGCAGCCCGCAUUCAGAGGAGAUGGAGGGCUGCAAGGGUGAGAAGGAGGUUCCUCUCCCUCCGGAGAACUGCUGUUUGGGUCCAGAGAAAAUACCGUGCCAACGCUCGCACCAAGCGUCACUUGGAGUUUCAGCGCUCGCGAGAGGCGGCGAUCACGAUCCAAUCGUCAUUCAGAGGCUGGACAGUCAGGAAAAGGCUGCAAGAGAUGCACGUGGCCGCCACAGUCAUCCAGGCCGCGUUCAGGAUGCACAGAGCGCACAUGAGGUACCAGGCCUUAAGACGUGCCGCGGUCCUGAUGCAGCGGCGUUACCGGGCGUGCAGGGCUGCAAAGCUGCAAAGAGAAAGGUUCGUCCGGCAGAGGCACUCCGCUGUGGUCAUUCAGGCCGCCUUCAGGGGGCUGAGGGCGAGACAGCUCUUCCUGGAAAAGCACAGAGCCGCCCUCCGGAUACAAAGCGCGUAUAGGAUGCACUGGCAGUCUGUUUCCUACCAAAAGGCUCAGUGGGCUGCAAAACUGAUACAAGACAAAUACAGGGCAAGUAAAAAGAAGGCCCUGGAACCCAGCGCGAUCACAGAAGCAGCUGCCCGAGUCCAGGCAGGUUCUGGGGACACGGCCACGGGGAAGGAGGGCCAGGAGCGACAUCGGGCUGCCACCAUUGUCCAGAAGCACUUCAAAGCCUUCCGAGCAAGGAGGCGUUAUCUCCGCAUUAGAGCCGCCGUGGUUUCCGUCCAGAGGAGGUACAGAGCGCUCGCUGCAGCGCCCACCCAGGCAGCCCUCCGUCUCCCGGCGUCUCCCGGAGGCUGCGAGGAGCAGAGCGACAGCCGGGGUCGGCACCUGGCCGCGCCCCCCAUUCGGUCCUCCUGCAGCCCGCCCAGGGCCCGCGCUGCUCACCAUGCGCAGAGAAGCACGGCUGUUGCCACGCGGGGUCCCUGCCAGCCGCAUGUCAGAGCAGCAGCAGGGAACAGGCAGUUCUCAGCGGCCCGGACGCCUGCGCCCGCCGCUCAGGCCACAUUCCGGGGCCCGGGGGCUGGACUUGAAUUGGAAAACAUCUGCGAGGAAGAGAUGGCGUUCACCGCUGCCUCCCGCCGUGGCACGGCCGAGGCUGGACAGGAAGCCACCCAGAGCUCAGCGGCCGGGCCUGGCCUGUGCCCCGGUGCUUGUCUGGUUGUGGGUCCUUGGGCCACAGGGGGUCACUCUCAAAGCAAGGCUGCGGUGACCGUUCCCAGUGCUUUUCGGACAAUGGCCACAGGAACCUGGGACCCACAGCUGUGGGCUGCCCUGAGAAUCCAGUCCUUCCUGCGCAUGGCUGUGUGUCGGAGGGGGUUUGUCCAGCAGAGGAGGGCCGCGGCCACUCUGCAGCGGUCGUUCCGGGCGUGGCGGACCAGGAGGCAGUUCUUGCUGUGGCGGAAGGCGGUGGUGACCCUGCAGACUCGCCUCCGGGCCUGCCUGGCCGCGAGACAUCAACGACGCGUGUACUUACAGAUCAGGAGCAGUGCUGUCGUUAUUCAAGCCAGGACGAGAGGGUUUCUCCAGAAGCGGAGGUUUCAGAAAAUGAAAGAGAGCGCCUUAAAAAUUCAGCGAUCGGAACAGAGCGCCAAAGUCAGGCUGCUUCGCUUCUCCGCGGCUGCGUAUCACCACCUGGCUGCUCUCAGAAUCCAGAGAGCGUACAGACGGCACGUGGCCCUGAGGAACGCCAAGAAUCAUCUUAGUUCAGUGAUCUGUAUUCAGAGAUGGUUUCGAACAAGAUCACAGCUAAAGAGGUUGAUGCAGAUACGUCACAAGGUCAUAAACAUUAACCGUGAGGUUCAGGAAUGGCAGAGGCGGCAGAACCGGGCUGCAUCAGUGAUCCAGAAAGCUACGCGCCACUUCCUCCGCCGCAGGAGGCAGGAGAAAUUUAAUAAUGGGAUCGUUAAAAUCCAGGCACUGUGGAGAGGCUACUGUUGGAGGAAGAAGAACGACUGUGCAAAACUGACAGCUGUUCGCAGAAGCCUCCAGAUGAUCAACGGGGAGAUUCGAGAAGAAAACAAACUGUACCAAAGGGCUGCCUUUGCCCUUCACCACCUGCUGACGUACCGGCACCUGUCGGCUGUGCUCGAGGCUCUGAAGCACCUGGAGGUGGUCACCAGGCUGUCCCCGCUGUGCUGUGAGAGCAUGGCCCAGAGCGGAGCUGUCACCAAGGUCUUCGUUCUGAUCCGGAGCUGUAACCGCAGCAUCCCGUGCAUGGAAGUCGUUGGCUACGCCGUGCAGGUCCUGCUCAACGUGGCCAAGUAUGAGAGGACAACCGCCGCCGUUUAUGACGCGGAAGCUUGCGUGGACACGCUGCUGGAGCUCCUGCAGAUGUACCGAGAAAAGCCUGGUGACAAAGUCGCAGACAAGAGCAGAAGCAUUUUCACCAAAACUUGUUGUUUGUUGGCCGUCUUGCUGAAGGCGACAAGCCGGGCCUCCGAUGUUCGAAAUAGGUCCAAGGUUGUUGACUGUGUUUAUAGUAUCUACAAACUCACAGCUCGUAAACAUAGGAUAAAUACCGAAGGAAUACCUUACAAACAAAACAGGAUUGCUUCUCUAAGCCUUCCCUUCAUUCCGGAGACACCUGUACGAACCAGACUGGUUUCAAGGCUGCGGCCAGACUGGGCUCUGAGGCGGGACAGCGUGGGGGAGAUCACGGACCCCCUGCAGGCCAUUCGGAUGGUGAUGGACACGCUGGGCGUCCCUCACUAG